AUGUUGAAUUCAUUCGUUUUCAAUGAUCUUUUCCCUUUCUCUCUCUUCUUUUUUCUCUCUUUAUUUUCUCUAUUUCUCUCUCUUUUUCUCUCUAAAUUUCUCUCUCUUUUUUCUUUUCUUCUCUUCUCUCUCUUUUCUCUCUUUCUUCUUUCUCUCUUUCAAUUAGGCAACUUUUCUCUUUUUUCUAAUUUUUUUAACUGGAUUUUCGAUUUCUUUCUUCUCCUUUUUUUUUUUUUCACUUUGUGCACUUUGUUUUGGUUCGAUUUUGUUGUUCAGCGUUCACUUUGCCAGUUUUCAAAUUUCUUUUGUUUUCAUUUUUUUUUGUUCAUUUUAUCUCUCUUUCUUUCUCUUUUUUCAAUUCUUUUAAAUUUCUUUCUCUUUUUUUCUUUCUUUUCUUUUCUUUCUUUUCUUUCUCUUUCGUCUUUCAUUUCUUUCUUUUUUUCUUGUUCAUUUUCUCUCUUUUUCUUUCAUUCCUUUCUCUUUCUUUCUUUUUAUUCAUUUUUCUCUUCGAAAUUUUCAUUCUUCUCUUUUUUUUUUUUCUUUCUCUCUCUUUUUCUUUUUCUUUCUCUCUCUUUCUUUCAUUCUUUCUCUCUCUUUUCAUUUUUUUUUUCUCUUUUUCUUUUUUUUUUUCUUUUUUCUCUUUUUUUUCUUUUCAUUCUUUCUCUCUGUCUUUCUUUUCUUUUCUUUCUCUUCUUUUUUUCAUUUCAAUCUCUUUCUUUCAUUUUUUUUUUUUCUUCUUUCUUUUCUUUUUUUUCUCUCUUUCUUUUUUUUUCUUUCUUUUUCUUUCUUUCUUUUCAUUCUCUUUCUCUUUUUUUUCAAAAUUCUCUCUCUUUCUUUUGUUCAUUCUUUUUUCUUUUUUCCUUUUUGUUUUCUUUUAAACUUUUUCUUUUUUUUUUCUUUUUCUUUUCAUUUUCUUUUUUUUUUUUUUUUUUUUUUUUUCUUUUCAUUCUUUCUUUUUCAUUCUUUUUUUUUCUUUCUUUUCUUUUCUCUUUUUCUUUCUCUCUUCUUCGUUCUUUCUCUUCUUCUCUCUUUCUUUCUUUCUCUCUCUUUUUUUUUCAUUCUCUCUCUCUCUCUCUUUCUUUCAUUUUUUUUCUUUUUUUUUUUUUCUCUGUACUUCAUUUCUUUUCCUUUUCAAUCUCUUUCUUUCUUUUUUUUCUAAUCUUUCUCUCUCUUUCUUUCUCUUUUCUCUCUCUCUGUCAUCUCUCUUUCUCUGAUUUUUCUUCUCUUUCUUUCAAAUUUCCUCUUCUCUCUUUCUUUCUUUUUUCGUGUUCUCUUCUCUCUCUUAUUUCUUUCUCUCUUUCAUAA